AUGAAACGGUUCUUCACUCGUUCGUUCACAAAGGGUGUGCCCAAACAAAAAAUCCCAACACUCAAGGCAAGUGUCGUUCCUACACCUGUCGCAGUUACCUUCACCGCCAUUGGUGCUUCUAUUGCUGCGUACUACUUGUUUGAUGCUAGAGCCGGUAUUCAUGAGUAUGUCUUCUGCCCCUUGAUUAGAACCUUCACAGAUGCAGAAAAUGGACACAAGUUGGGUAUAAAGCUCAUGAGUCUCGGUCUCUCUCCAAAAUUGAGAGAAGAGUCUCCUGCCAAAGAGAAAGAGUUUGACACCAUUUUGGGUGUGGACAUUUUCGGUACUCACAUGAAGUCUCCAAUUGGUCUUGCUGCUGGUUUGGACAAGGAAGGUAAGGCUGUUGACGCCCUCUUUGACACCGGCUUCUCAUACGUGGAAGUUGGUUCUAUCACCCCAGAGGCUCAGCCUGGAAACCCACAACCUAGAUUUUUCCGCUUGCCCAGAGACGAUGCGGUCAUCAAUAGAUAUGGUUUCAACUCACUGGGCCAUUUGAGUGUCUUGAAUAACUUGAGACAAAGACUUCGUUUGUGGGAAUAUUUCCCAAACCUGUCCCAGAGACAAGGCAAGCUUUUAGGUGUGAACCUUGGCAAGAACAAGAACGGUGACGAGGUGCAAGACUACGUUCUGGGUGUAAGGAGAUUUGCGGAGGUGGCGGAUGUCUUGGUUGUCAAUGUCUCCUCUCCCAACACUCCAGGCCUUAGAGACCUUCAAAGCGAGCUGAAGCUUACAAAUCUCUUGAAGGCAGUUGUCCAGGAGAGAAACUCGCAACGAGAGAACUACAGCGGCAGAAAACCUCCUGUGCUUGUGAAGGUUGCUCCUGAUUUGACCGAGCCAGAGAUUGAGUCAAUCGCGAACUCAGCCAAAGAUUCCAAGGUCGACGGUAUCAUCAUUUCAAAUACCACGAUUCAAAGACCAAAUCGUCUUUUGACUACUGAUAUGAAGCUUGUGAAUCAGACUGGAGGGUUGUCAGGUAAACCUUUGAAGCCUUUGUCUUUGCAAGCAUUAAGAACCUUGAGAAAGCACACCAAGGACAGCAACUUGGUCUUGGUUGGUUGUGGUGGUAUUUCCUCUGGUAAGGAUGCACUUGAAUUCGGUAAAGCUGGUGCUUCUUUCAUUGAAUUGUACACCGCUUUUGCUUACAAGGGUCCUGGAUUGCCUGCAAGAAUUAGAGAUGAAUUGACAGACUUGUUGAAGAAGGAAGGCAAAACCUGGCAGCAGAUUGUCGGUGAGGAUGAUAAAUAA